AAGGUCGCAUUGACGCCGGCUUCGGGUGGAAGGUAGAGAAACCUCGUGUCGGGCAAUUCGACAGAAGACGUUGGACGCGUUGGGCUGACAGAAGAGAAGACUCCUCUGAAGCAACAAUGGACCAGGCAAGGUCAACGAUUUCCAAAAUAUUUAAUGGGGAGCCACGUUCCUACACACGUUUUAACCUGACCCAGAACAUGGAAGGUGACAACAGCCAGGUGGAGAUGAAGCUGUCCUCAGACAUGGACGAGGAGACGGGAGUGAACGGAGCGGUUGACCACCAUAACCACAACUCAGGCCACAACCCCUAUGUGGUCCGCAAGACUGGUCGCACCCCCAAGAACAUUUGCUUCAUGGUAGCCACCACCCUCCUCAUCUUCAUCAUCGGCUACCUGAUAGGUUAUCUGGUUCACCGGAAGAAGGACUUGGCCCCCAGUUGUGCAGCCACCACGCUCCCCAUUGAUGACUUCGUCAGCCAGAAUGAGGAAGAGACAGGCGCUGCCCCCCUCAUGGCAUGGGAUGAUGUCAAGAAGCUCCUCGCUGAUAAUCUCAAAUCCUCUGACUUUGAAGACACCUUCAGUGAGUUUGCCAGUGUAAGCCACCAGGCUGGUUCUCCGGAUGAUGAGGUGCUGGCAAACAAAGUGUUGAAGAGAUUUAAGGAAUACGGCAUGAAAACUUGGACUGAUGAGCACUUUGUAAAGGUCCAGGUCCUCCCAGCCACCAGCUCCAACAAAGUCACCUUUAUGGGCAAUGAGAAUCGUUUCAAUGGAUUCCUCUCCUACAGUGCCAACAAAACAGUAACGGGUCCAUGCCUCUUUGCAUACUACGGCCAAGUGAAUGACUUCAGACUGCUGCAAGAUAAGAACAUCAACAUAAAUGGCAGAGUCAUCCUGGUCAGGGCAGGCAAGAUCAGCUUCGCGGAGAAGGUGGCCAAUGCUGCACAAAUGAAUGCCUCUGCUGUGCUGAUUUACCCAGACUCAGUUGACUACCCCAUUGGAGAGGAUACAGAGCUGUUUGGGCAUGUCCAUCUUGGUUCAGGGGAUCCCUUCACCCCAGGCUUUCCUUCCUUCAACCAUACUCUAUUCCCCCCAGUACAGUCUUCAGGCCUGCCCUCUAUCCCAGCGCAAACCAUCACAAGACUCGUAGCUGACAGCAUCCUGAGGCAGUUAGGAGGUCAGAGUAUGCCAAGUGAGUGGGGAGGCAUGGGCAAGCUGGGAGAUGAGACGAAUAUUGUCACCGUGGAGGUUAACAAUGAACUGGCCGAGAAAAAAAUCCAUAAUGUCUUUGGAGUCUUGAAAGGCUUUGUAGAUUCAGAUCGUUAUGUGGUUCUGGGUGCCCAGAGGGAUGCCUGGGGCCCAGGCUUUGCCAGAUCAACAGUUGGCACCAGUGUCCUGAUUGAGCUGGCACGCUCCAUCUCCGCCAUGGUGAAGGAUGCGGGGUUCAAACCAAGGAGGAGUAUUGUGUUUGCCAGUUGGAGCGCUGGAGAAUAUGGGAGCGUUGGCGCCACCGAGUGGUUAGAGGGUUAUCUGUCCUCUAUGAGCAUGAAAGCCUUCUCAUACAUCAACUUGGAUGGUGUUGUAACAGGUCUGAAAGGGUUCAAAGCUGCUGGCAGUCCCCUGAUGUACAGCCUGAUUGAGAGUACCCUGAAGGAGUUGAAGGACCCCAACAACCCCUCCAAGACUCUCUUCGCUCAGGUUUCCGGGAACAACUGGGAAAAGUCUGUCAUGGAGCCUCUGAGGAUGGAUGAUGCAGCUUAUCCUUUCCUGGCCUUCUCUGGUAUUCCCUCAAUCUCAUUUAGAUUCGCCGCCAGUUCGGACUACCAAUACUUUGGCACCAUGCAGGACACUCGGGAAAAACUGAACUCAGCCACGUCCCAAAUGACCUCUCGGCUGGCAGUGACAGCGGCUCAGUUCGCCGGUCACAUCGCCCUCAGGCUUGUGCAUGACCACCUGUUGCGGCUGAGCCUGCAAAAGUAUGACAGCGUCAUCCGUGGUCAUGUGUCUGAGAUCAGCCGGAAAGUGAAGACUGUUCAGAGGAUGCAGCCCCAGCUGUUGCCUCAGGACCUAACCAUGCAGUGGCUAAGUUCUGCAAUUGGCUCCUACGGUCGUGCGUCUCGCAGCCUGACCACUGACAUCCGGAACAGUAACCUGGAGGACAUUGAAAUGUGCCGCAUCAUCAAUGACCGCAUCAUGAUGGUGGAAAGAAACUUGCUGUCGCCAUACGUGUCUCCCAGAGAGAGUCCUUUCCGACAUAUCGUGGUGGGUUCGGGCACCCACACCAUCAAGGCAUUGUCCAGCCACCUGGAAGCCCUCAGCACCAACAACCCUGCAGCUGACCCUGACAUGUUCCGGAACCAGUUCGCCCUGGCGACCUGGACCAUUCAGGGGUGUGCCAACUCACUGGCAGGGGACAUCUGGUCUUUGGAUAAUGAGAUCUAAAGCCCUCUCUCUCCCCGCCCACCCUAGUCCUGCCUUUUCUGUGGUUUGGCCCACCUAACACAACUGGCAGUGUGAAAACCAAUGAACUGUUAGCAUUGAAACACUGCAUUCUUUCCCAUUUCAGGAAAUUCUCAAAGUAGAGAUGUUUAGUUUUCUACACUCCAAUGAUGUACUACUUAAUUCCCCCUCUUUCUGCAAUUAUCCAACAAACCAAAUGUUGAUACCGAAAUCAAUUUUCAGCUGCCUUAAAUAUAAACUCGGUAAAUUUUUGACAAAGGCUCCCGACGCCAUUAAGUAUUGCCAUUUUGAAAAGCAUCAUAAUUUUGAAUGUGAUGCUCUCAUAAACCACAUCUUGAAUAGUUUGGUGCUAACAACUACCUUUAAAUAACCAUGCUUUGUGACAGUACUACUAAAACUUUUUCAACUAGGUCCUAUGUGCUUGGACUGAUGCUUUUUCAGCACAAUAUCAACUCAACCAGAUUAACAGUGUUUUUCCAGCUCAGAUGUUAAAAAAAGAUACAUGAAGCAGCAUGGUUCAGUUAAACGUUUGUCGAUUUAUGGUUUACUAUAAUCAGAAUACUAGUGACAGGACGGCAGUUGAUUUCCGUUGGUGUUGCUUCAUACUUUGUCCAGACUUGGGCUGGCUUUACUUGUAGCUAUCAUUUUCAUAUUGUGCUGAAAUAUGCAGUUCAUGUCCUUGUCAGAGAUUCAGAUGUUGCUUCGGGUACUGGAGCAUAGUUUCAGAUGGUGUGGUGCUGAUUUUGAACAGAACCCAGCUAGAAGUGGACCUCUGAAUAAGACGGCCAUUGUUCCUUCACGCCACUUCGUACAGUGCUAAACUAAUUUUAGGUAAAAGUGGACAUUACAGUCCUAUUGUAGGUAACAUUCUUUUAUCUAAAUUCACUUGCAAUGACCUGUUGUUGUCUGAAAUGGUCAUCUGCUGACAAGAACAAAUCUCUCAAAGAAUGGUGGGGUGGGGGUCUUCACCAUAUGGCACUGAAACUAGAACCGUGCGUCUAUUUAUUUUAUUUAUUUAUCAGUGGCAGGGUUCACUAUAAAUAGUAAUUUUUUUCUAAGCCUAUUUUUAUGUAUAAUUAUCGGGAGCAGUGCCUUCCAUAAUUAUGACAGUUAUACUGUCGAAAUGACAAAAAGCAGCAUCUGCUAACAGAAGUCUACCUGUCCACCGACAGCCAGUACUGCACACAGUAUAAUCAGGCAAUUCUUGGCAAACCACGUCUUCAAAAUAACAAGAUUGGCUUUUUACCAUUGCUUCAUAUUGACAUUGGGCCAACAAUGUUGGUUCAACCGACAACCAAGUAUGAGACAUUUGAAAAACAUAGAUGCCUCCUCAUGUGUAUUGGGGGGGUGUUGUUAAAUUCACCGAUACUUUUUGGCUGGCGGUCUGUACUGGUCCCUUGGUGCGCGUAUACUUCUCAUCCUGAAAAUAAAACAUUAUCGGGAGCAGUGUCUUCCAUAAUGUGAAGAAGAAGGUAGUUUUUGCCUACCAGUGUAUAUCCAUAUCGGAGGCAGUGCCCUCCAUAUUUCACUGUAGGGAUCGAUGUUUUUUUCUAUUAUCGGGAACAGUGUUUCCCAUAAUGUUAGUACGUGUGUGUGUGUGUGUGUGUGUGUGUGUGUGUGUGUGUGUGUGUGUGUGUGUGUGUCUGUGUCUGUGUGUGUGUGCGUGUGUGCGUGUGUGUGUGUCCAUGUGUGUGUGUCCAUGUGUGUGUGUGUGUGCAUGCGUGUGUGAAUGUGUGCACAUGCAUUUGUGUAGAUGUGUGUAUCAAUACAAACUACACUGCUUUACAGUGCACACUUUCUGCACAUCUAUAUAUAUACAACCCUUUCUGUGAUGUUCCACGUUAGCAUCCUCACAAAGUAGCUGUGUGAACCCUCCCCAGGUCAGAAAGGAAUCGUACAGCUCCUGCACACAUUUGAGAUAUUUACAAUGAUCUAAAAUGAAAUGAAUGAAUGAAAUGAAUGAGGUGGCCGCCUCACGGCAAGAAGGUCCUGGGUUCGAGCCUGGGGGUUGUCCAACCUUGGGGGUCAUCCCGGGUCGUCCUCUGUGUGGAGUUUGCAUGUUCUCCCCGUGUCUGCGUGGGUUUCCUCCGGGUGCUCCGGUUUCCUUGAACAGUUCAAAGACAUGCAGGUCAGGUGAAUCGGCCGUUCUAAAUUGUCCCUAGGUGUGAAUAUGUCAGCCCUGUGAUGGACUGGCGGCCGGUCCAGGGUGUCUCCCCGCCUGCUGCCCAAUGACUGCUGGGAUAGGCUCCAGCAUCCCGCGACCCUGCUCAGGAUAAGCGGCUUGGAUAUUGAAUGAAUGAAUAAAAUGAAGGGGAUUAAGGAGUGUGGUGGAAUUGCAGCCACUUCACCGCUAUGGUAAAGUGGUAUGGUAUGCUGAGGGCAUGGGCAGCUUACUGUGUUUGGCUAGCAGUCCCACAGUUCUCAAAAUGUUUCUGACCUUGUGUCCAGCAAGGCAUGAAGGAGCUGGAUGACUCUCCCUGAUUAUAGCUUUUUAUUGACUUUUGCGUUUCUUUUUAAAUCAACCGCUUUCAACCUGUUGUCUUUUCGGCUAGGUCUUCAGAGCUGAAUUUAAUGAUCGGGCCAUCUGGAAUUGGUAUUUUAAAAAUUUUACAAAAAUAUUCAGUAUGAUCACAGCAGGGUGGUCCAGCCUUUUCAUGAAAGAUCAGUGGUUUUGAUUUAUCAUUACAUGUGUUGGUUAAUGGAAAAAAAUGUUUUUGUCCUUUUCAUUGUGUCUGUUAUUUUGUUAAAGGGGAUUUAACAGUGCCUUUUUGUUUCUCGACCGCAUCACAGCGUCCUUCCCAGAUAGUUCAUGUCAAUCUUAGGGGUUUUGUUACUGUUUUGAUGAUCAACUUAUUUGAAAAUUGUGAUGUUUCUUUGACUUUCUGAUGCUUUUGGUAGUUUAUAUUUCUGCCUGUAGCUAGAACCAAAAGCUGUUAAGUGUAAAGGUCCACCCUGCAGCUGGGUUGGCCAUAUUUCAGUUGAACUUAAAAGCGAUGAUGAAAUGUGCUAAUUGUUUUAAUUGUUUCCUGUAACAAAUUGGAUUUCAUAGUGUUCAAACGAGGCCCUCCUCAUUUCAGCUAACCUGACAGUCUGUUACCUCAUUGUAUCUGCAAGGUUGAUUUUUGAGAUCUAAAAGGAGAAAAAAAAAAAGCUUUUUUUUUAGUAAAAAAAGAAAAACUUAUUUUAAAUGCACCCCAACAUGCGCUGCAGUGUAAUAAUUUGACUGAAAAUGUCAUUAUAAAAUCAAGACAAUUUCAAAUUUCUAAGAAUACUUGUUGACUGAUGUAUGUCCAAACUAUUGGAAACCAAAUGAGAACUCAAAAGAAAUGAAAACACUCUUUGUUAAGAAGUUGGCGAAGGCUGAUCGAUCUGUGAUCUACAUUGUACCACACGGGGGGCAGUCCGUUAUUAUGCGACGUUGUGGGUAUCUGUGUUUUAGAUUUUAUUGCUGGCAAUUGAAUGUGCUUUUUUUCCCCUGAGACUGUAUACAAGCUUGCUUGUCCGAUAUUUUUUUUUCUGCAAUAAAUCAUUACCUGGUAA